UAAGAGGCAGGUGGGCGGGGUUUCCUCCCGCGCUCGCGAAUGAUUGGUCAUCUGGUUUCGCCUCUUGUUACGACGGAAAGCGCCACGUUCUGCUCAGAACAGAAAAAAAAGGAGGAGAAACACCCAUGGCCCGGCAAGCGGUCGACGGCAGGAGAAAGUGGGCGUGGUUUUCCUUACGGCGGCGAGCCAAUAAACGAGUGGUGCGCGCGCUCCGCAUUUCGGCGUGGUGUGGCGUGCCCUGCGCGCGCACAGGGGCGAGGAGUCUCCUGCCGGGUCCGCCUAAGCGAGGGCUGGGCUAAGAUGGCGGCGCCCGUCCUGCUGCGAGUCUCGGUGCCGCGCUGGGAGCGGGUGGCCCGCUACAUCGUGUGUCUGGCCGGGAUUAUUCUUUCGCUCUACGCCUGCCACUUGGAGCGCGAGAAGGGUCGCGACCUCCAAUACCAGGCACUCUGUGACCUCAGCGAGCGUGUCCGGUGCUCCUCUGCCAUCUCCUCCAGAUGGGGUCGAGGAUUUGGCCUACUAGGCUCCAUUUUUGGAAAAGACAGUGCAAUAAAUCAACCAAACAGCGUUUUCGGUCUUGUAUUCUAUAUACUGCAAAUGUUGCUUGGUAUGACAGCAAGUGCAGUAGCAGCGCUGGUCCUCAUGAUGUCCUCCAUAGUGUCAGUAAUAGGAUCUUUGUACCUGUCUUACAUUCUGUACUUUGUGCUGAAGGAAUUCUGCGUUGUCUGUGUUAUCACAUACUUGCUGAACUUCGUUCUCUUGAUCAUCAACUACAAACGACUAGUAUACUUGAACGAGGCCUGGAAACGGCAGCUCCCACCUAAACAGGAUUAACUGCUUUGCAAACUUUUGACUGACAGUUUGAAGGCCCGGCUUCCAUUUAUGUUUAUUUCACAGUAAAAAGAUUUUUUUUAAAAAAAUAUUAUUCAUAUCACUUGCUUUCCCCAGGAAUCAUAGCUAAUUCAGUUAGAGUGACUCGAAGGAUAGGGGCCCUGGGUAACUUCUCAGUCAAUAGCUAUGGUGAGGAACUGUUUGUGAAAGUCUUAACCUGAUCAGAGACAAGCUUUAACUCUACUUUGAAGGAGUUCACAGAGGCAUAUUCUUUACUCCUUCUUUACCUUUCCCCAAAUAUUCCAGGUAAGCUGUAGGAAGUCUCCCAUCUCAGUAUGAAUUGAGGUGGGGGAAGUCUUAACUGGGAGAUCAUGAUUAUUCUAGACUUUAUAGGUACCAUAGGGAAACAUCGCCCUGUUUACAUUAUGUGUAUUGGUAGCCAAGGGAAUUUGACCACAUAGAUGCAACUAAAACACUUACCACAACUUGGUGCAUAGUGGAAGAAAAGACUGGCUAUGUCCUGGCAAAGAAAGAAGGUCAGUACAGCUCAGCUGAGUGAUGACUUGAAGCAUAACUUUGAAGAACGGUUCAUUGUGUUAUUGAGAUUUUUUUUUUAAAAAAGGAAAUUGAAAUUAGUUUGUUUCCCUGGAGAAGAUUUGCAACAAAAGAUCUUUGCCGAGAUGCCUUUUUUCCCCAGGAUAUGUCUAAAGAAAAGGAAUUCAAUGGCAUUAAAACAAAACAAAACAAAAAACCUGAAUUAAAUUGGGUUUCCUUGCAACAUCCAAACAGUUUGCUGUGGAUGGAAACAAUCUUUGUCUGGGGAUGCUUAACAAAGGGGAAUGGGGCAUCUUGAGUUGCCCACACCUCAUCAGUAGGAAGCCUAUACAAAUGGAGUUUGAGGGGCAGAAUUGGCUGUGUACUUCAGAAGAUGUGAGAUAGCCAAAUAGUGUUAACCAAUUUGAUUAUAAUAUUUCUAGCUGCUGUAUAGAAUUACAACUAGACACUGGAUCCCAGUAACCCACUGGGUAAACGAAUGCACUGAAGAAUUAGGAUGCAGUCCCUCCGCGAGCUCUUUUGUAUAUAAGUUCCACAGAAGUCAAGAGGGGGAUGUAUAAAGAAAUGUCAAUGAAGGGUGCUUCGAUGUUCCUGAGAAAUUCCCCUUCAUUUAGUGAAGUUUGUAUAGGAAACCCAGAUUAUGGACAUAAAUAGAUUUAUAUCUUUAGAGGCAGAGCAAUUUCAAAUUCCUAUAUACAAAUUUGCCUAAGGCUUAGGGAGAUGUACAUUGACUCCCUCCCCGCCCCCCUCAAGUUAGAGUAAAGGAAAUAGAUGGUAAACAGAAUUGGCCCAAGAUUCAGUCAUGGUUCUACUUGAAAGAGCAAGUUGAAAUAAUUUCCCAUUCAUAUUGUCCUAAAAUGCAGUGUUUUUUUAAAAAAAGUGCCUUCUGUCUUACAAACCAAAUAUUGGGGGUGUUUGAAAUUGCCAGGCAGAAGGGUUCUUGCACAAAAAUAUGUUUUUGAUGAAUCAGAUCUUUGCAGUAUGUAGAAGGUGAUCCCUCGGGCUUCUCAUACCCAGGCACUCUGGCAUCAUAAACGGUUCCUUGUAGGACAUAGCUGGAGGUUGGGGGUAUUUUUUGAGAGGCAGGAUGUUGACCUGAUUGGGACAGCUUUGAGCUCUGCUGUCCAUGCUGGCUUCUGCUUUUCCUGCUGGAGAACUUUAGAAAGACAUGUUUUUUUUUCUCAGAACAUAAAAUUUUGUCUGCUAUAAUUAGAUUUAGGGCUUUGUUUACUCAGGAGUCUCUCAGUAUGCCUCAGUAUGACAAGGAAGCCGAGGAGGACCAUUGCAGUUUCUUAUAUGACAGCUGGGCCAUAAACUGUUCCAAGCAAACCAGAAGAGCUACUCCUUAGCAAGAUUGCCGUGUUUCUUCCCGCAGUGGCAGACCGAGGAACCUGUUGCAGAGGCCUGUUUAUCAUUGGAGUGCAAGAAGGUACCAGAAGCUUCCGGAGAAUGAAUGAGUUACAGGAUUGGUAGGAUCGAAAAGGUGUGCUCAGUGACUGAAGCAACUUUUGGAAGCAAAAUGCAAUCUGCCAGUGGCUUCUUGUGAUGCGUAUUCACCAGUUGGGCUCCUUGAGAUCAUUAAGACAGUUCUUCUGCUCACAUGAUGAACACAUUUGGAAGACUUGUAUUAAGGGUAGAAAGCAAUUUUGGCGUCUAUUAUAGCAGAGAGAGCCGUGUACUUGGGUCGUAAUAAGCUAACUAAAAAGAUCAGGUCAGGCCAGAAUAUAUCCAGAAUACAACAAAGGGCAUUGUUGCCAAUAACUUGAAUCCUGUUAUUUUCUUACCAUCGAUGCUUGCUCCUGCUUAUGCCCAAGAAAAGUGAUCUUCCCGAAAAGCUCCCUUUUAAAAUUCCAGUCUGCGUCUAAACUCUUUCCUCUUUCUGAGUGUGUAAAGGGUCCUCAUUUUUUGUGUCAUUUUCUUUAAAGAAAAAUCAGCAUUAAGGUAUAAAUGCAAUUCUGUUUAACGUUUUGUAAAAGUGCAGGAUUUUAUUUUCCAAUGGGAGCAGCAUCUGCUGAAGAUGGGAUGUCCGACAGUAUUUAAAUGCCUGCCAAAUGAACAGUCCAGUUGGUUUAUGUACAGAACUAUGGUGGAACGCAAGUCUAAUGGAGGAAGACAGGUGUUUAUGGUUUAUAUAUAUAUAUAUAUGUAUGUAUAUAUGUAUUAAAAAGAAAACACUAAAUUCUGCUUGUUGUCCUUGUCAAAGAGUUUCUCAGAAAUGCAUUUUGUAUUAACCAGAGUACAGUUAAAGCUUGUCUUGAAUUUUGAAAUUAGAGCUGAUGGGGGGAGUAUAAUUUACAAUUUUUGUUACAUUUGGUAUGUGGAGAAUAUUUUCAAGUUUAUACCCUCACUGAUAAAAUUUUAUUUUAAGACAUUAAUGUAACAUAGUGUGAGGCUUUAUUUUUUUACAUGUCUGCAGAUGAGAUGGGGCUUUUCUAUCUUUCUAAGUAGAGAUUUCCAUUAUCUAUACCAGGGUGGGCAAAUAUGGCAACUUCACGACCUGUGGACUUCAACUCCCAGAAUUCCUGAGUCAGGCUCUGAAAUUCUAGGAGUUGAAGUCCACAGCUCAUAAAAUUGCAUAGUUGCCUAUACACCAGUGUCAGUUAUAGGGGGUACAAGGAAGUUGUAGUUUUCUUCCUAGGACUUCCCCUCUCCCCCCAAUUCCUUGGGCGGGAGUGCAAGCAGACCCCAUUUUUUCCCUCUGCUGAAAAGUUACCUGUUCUGCUCAUUUCUCUUUCUAAGUCAAUACCUUUUAAAUGUUGACUCUAUUUUUUUCUUGUUCAAGAACAGAGGUGUGAAGGUAUCGGUCACCUUGUGUACUUUUAAGCAAAAUCCUGACUUCUGUACCCUUCUCCCCCAUCUCCCAAUUUUAGUAGUAUUCCGUGGUGUUAAACGGUCUAUGAAGCAUAGUUUGUGUUGGAUGAGUCGUUCUCAAUUAGGUCCCCUUCAGACAUGUCCCCUCUCCCAACUUCCAGAAUUCCUAGGCAGCUGCAACACUUUGGGCUAAAAGGGCCAAACUAGACAAGAUUUUGAAGUAGAGACUGUAAGGCACCCUUUGUCUGUCCAAAUGGAAAAUUGGUCCUCCUGAAUGCUGGGCUGUGAGAAGCAAGCCAAUAUUUUUAACACACCGGAGCCUCCCCUGCUCGUGCAUUAUAAUAUUUACCAGUCCUCCAGCAAGCAAGUGGUAGGCAAAUCUCCCUGCAGGUGUGUCGACUCUCUGCUGCCUUCCCUCUUCUUCCAUAAAGGUAAUUGGUUCUCUUUAAGGUGGCAAUAUUUCUAGGUUGCUUGGCCAUAUUCCCAAACCUAUAUGGAUGAUGGAAGAUGCAGCAUUUCCCGCUCCCAAUUCCUUUCUUUUAAUUUGGAAAGCCGAGGAGCCUCUGCUCUUUGGUUCUGUCUCAUCUCAGUUGCUUCUAAUUUUAUGCCAGCGAGGAAGGAGGGAAACUUUUUCAGUGACAAAAAGUUUAGGGUUUUUUUUUUUAAUAACAGUGUCCCAGGAGGUAGUUUUCUUGAAGAUCAAUUUAAUUCUCCCUAUCACCAUCACCCCAAAUCUACCACUUCUCUCCCACUAGUUGAUGGCUCAGAAGAAAGAAAGAGCCCUGACCUCUUUUUCCAAGAAAUCAAGGUUUCCAUAGGUCAGACAAGCCCCUUUUCUAAGAUUUCUUAGAAAUCUUCAUACCUGGGAGUAAGUGUGGUUCUUCGUGCUUGUAAUGCAGUUUUGAAUGGAUGACGGCUUUCUUGAGAUACCAGAAAAUGUAUCCAUGAAGCAGAUGGCUCCAUUGCAUCUAGAUCAGGGGUCUCCAAACUUGGCAACUUUAAGACUUGUGGACUUCAACUCCCAGAAUUCCUCAGCCAGCAAGUCCACAAGUCUUAAAGUUGCCAAGUUUGGAGACCCCUGAUCUAGAAUAUUGCCAUUCCCAGGAAAGAUUUCUGUCACUUGAUUUUCAGGAGGAAUCAAGGAGAAGUAGCAAGAGAAAUCUAUACCUUUGGAAGAGGAAUAUUUCUACUAAGGCAACUCUAAGGAAAAUGUCAGAGUGGGCUCUAGUUCAGAAUUAGAUGAAACUUUAAGAAAAUAAUUACUUAGGGGCUCAAUACAAUUUCCUGAUUCAACACAAAAGUCAAAAAUUAUUUUCUUUUUGCAGGUUAAUAUCUCCUGAUCUGUAUGAACAAAAAUUGGUCAAAACAAAUUAAACAUUUGCUUGGAUUUCUUCAAGACCAAUUAAACAUGACCUAGUAAAACUAGUAAAAAAAAAAGAUGAAGUAUUCAGUUUCCAUUUUUAAAAAAAAAAAAUGUAUUAAGCAUGGCCUAAAUAUUCAAUGUGUGUUCUGUCUUGUAUGUUUGAUCUGACAACUUUUUGAUGUGCUUCAAUCUCCAGAACAUCUCCAUCUUGGUUGGAGUCAUUCCAUUCUUAUUUUUUUAUUUUUUGGUUCAAUAUAGGACUGUGACAUUCUGAGAUUGAAAUUCAAUUUUGCUAACAGGGGAAUUAAAACCAUGUAAAUAUUGUAAGAAUGUUUAUUUGUUGCACAUAACUUUUUUGGUAUAAAAAUAAACGUAGAAAUUAUCUGUG